AUGGAUGGAACUCUUGGAGACAAACGAAAUUCUCUGACUGACGGACUGAACGCCUUAUCGCGAGGAAAACGUUUACGAAUCGUUAACUAUGAUGAAGAAAUUGCUAAGCUGAACAAAGAGUCAUUGGAAACAUCGAAUACUCUUGUUAUUUUAUGCGAGGAAGCCAAAGAACGAGGAUUGGAAACACUUGCUGCUCUAGAAGAUCAAGAUGAGCAGCUUGAUAAUAUAGAAAAUACAAUGUCCAAAAUAUCAACUGAUAUGGUAAGAGUUCGACGAGAUAUCAGGAAAACUGACCAAAGCUGUCUUUGCUAUCCAUUCUAUUCCAGUAUUGAAUGGUUUCGAAAAAAAUUUAACUUGCCUUGUCUGUUUGGCGAAAGUCAUACUGACACAAGCAGCUAUAAGGGAACGCCUUUGAGUGAUAACGGUUUCCGGCAUUCGUACAGUCAGAGAAACACUUCAAGAAAAAUAAAAAAAAAAGAAGAUGAUGAGAACUCAUUGAAUUCGAUUGAAGAAGAAAUUGAAAAAAAUGUUUUUCAAGUUGAAGCCGCAUUGGAAUCAAUGAGACAUGUCGCUGUUGAUAUUGAUGUCCAGUUACGCAUCCAAGAACCUAAGUUAGAUAGAAUCCAUCAUAUGGCUGAAAACAAUGACACAACAAUGACUGGAGCUCAACAGAAAAUGAAAAAGCUAUUACAGUCUUGA